AGAGGAGGAGGAGGUAUUGGAUGGGAGUACUCAGCCCUGCCUGGGCGCCUUUGUGCUCCCUCACUCUAGCCGUCUAUGCUCAUAUUUGGAGUUGGCUGCUCUUGCCCAGGAAUUUCCCGUCAUGCCUCCCGAAGCCCUGUCGCCCGCAGCCGGGGAGGGACAGACAGCGGGGAGCCCGGCCAAGGCCACGGCGGCGGCGGCCUCCCUCUGCCCGGUCAGUCUGUCCAUCCGUCAGUCUGCCAGUCCCUCCAUGCGCCCGCUGCCGUGCGCCCUGUGGCUCUGCCUCCAGCUCUGCCUCCGCCUCGCCCCCACCGCCGCGGCCGCCCAGCAGCCGGCUCUUGCCCCUGCUCUUUGCCUCUCGUUUUGUUGGUGAAGACAACACAGUGAUGUCUGCAUUCAACUUGCUUCAUCUGGUGACAAAGAGCCAGCCAGUGGCCCAGCGAGCCUGUGGGCUUCCCUCAGGGUCAUGUCGGGAUAGAAAGAACUGUAAGGUGGUCUUUUCCCAGCAGGAGCUGAGGAAGCGCCUGACACCCCUGCAGUACCAUGUCACCCAGGAGAAAGGAACCGAGAGUGCCUUUGAAGGAAAAUACACAAGUCAUAAAGAUCGCGGAAUGUAUAAGUGUGUUGUUUGUGGGACUCCUUUGUUCAAUUCAGAAACCAAAUAUGACUCUGGUUCAGAAGGAAGAAAUUAAAAAGAAGAGAGAAAGAAAAGGGAAUUGGACUCUUCUAGCAAGCCAGAUAGGAGUUGCAGGUCAAGGAAAGGAGGAAAGGAGGAAUCAGUCACCUCAGCAAGGUCUCUCAGGGAAGACGCCUCACCUUACCCAUGCUACAGAGCUUUUCCCAGUCACCUCACUGGCAAGCCUCAAAUGCCCAAACCCACCAAGAUGCCAAGAACGCUGCCACGAGCUCCCAACGCGGAAAAAAGACCAACGUCUCUGAGAGAGAGAGUGUGAGAGUGAGGAAGAGAGAGAGGGAGAGAAGUGACACGAAAUACAUAGACAGUUCUUUACAUCCCAUCCUGCAUCUCACAUGUACCAAUGGCAGCUUAAGCUUGGCUUAGGACAGCCCAGGGAGUCUGUAAGUUGUUUCUUAUUUGUCACUUUCUAGCACAUGUCAGUUAUAGGCCAUCCUCCUCAACACUUAAUCCUUAAGUAGGGGUGUAUACAUUUCUGGUUGCUGGAUUUCUAAAGAAUAAGCAGGGUGGAGUCAAUCUAAAAUCCACAUAACCAAAUAAGACUAUUUCAUUUUCAUAUUAAACAAAAUAAAAGUAACCUAGCAAUUGCUUUGUUAUUGAUUAAGCAUCUAGUUCAUCAAAAAAAAAUUUAAACCUUUACUUUUGGUUUUAAAGUCAACACUGUGUAUUUGUUCCAAAGCAGAACAAAUGGAAAGGGCUGGGCAAUGGGGGUUAGAUGAACCUCCUGAAUAAACCAUUUUAAAAAUAUGGGUACUGGGGGAAGUUAGGUAGAUCAGUGGAUUGAGAGCCAGGCUUAGAGAUGGGAGGUUCUGGGUUAAAAAAAAAAAUAUGGGUACUACCAUUUAAAAACUCACCCAAGAUCUUCCAAGGCAAAAAGAUCUAUUAAUCCUCAGGCCAAUAUUGUGGUAGGGGAGAAUAGUCCACAAAUUCAUUAAUCAGGAUUGUACUUACUCAUAUGUCAAUAAAAGAAAGAUCCUUUACUUUAAUGAAAGUUAAGAGUGUGCUGUGAAAUACCAGAAGUGAGAUAUUAAAAUAUACUUCAGAAAAUUAAAAUAUCUUAUUUACAAAUGCAUUUGAAAUAAUUUUAAUGUGUCACCUCAGUAAAAGAAUUGUGAAGAAAAUGACAAUUCAAUGACAUAGCUAAUUGGUGUUCCAUGCAUUGGCUAAUGCUUAAUCGUUAACGGGGAUGUAUAUUAAAAUAAUAAAAACUAGGCUGUGUAUAGGAUUUUAAGGCUUCUAAAGCACUUUCUCUAGGUUAACUUAUUUGAUCCUCACAAAGCCCUGUGAGGUAGCUGAUUUUCUCUCUCCAUUUCACAGAGGAGGGAACAGGCUGAGAGAGAAGUCACUUAUCCAGGAUCAUCCAGCUAAGGAGUGUCUGAAAUAGGACCAGAACUUGGGUCCUCCUGACUCCCAAGGCUUUUCCCUAUCCACUGCUCUACCAAGCACUGUCACUGGGCAACUUAGCUGUCUCUCCAUGCUAGGAAUAUAGCUUAUCUUAAGAAUUUCUGAAAUUUAGGUUUAAUCGUGGAGACACCAGAGCUGUGAAAUGAUUUAAUUAUCCUUUUAACAUGAACAUGCUUAAUGGUUUCCUACUCCUGGAAGCCUGGGAAGAUUCACUUUUCUAGGUAUACCAUGAAUCCUUCCCUAUCAACUUUCUGGCCAUAAUACAUUUGACAAAGACCCAAUAACAGAUAUUGCAACUUAAUGCAGUCACUCCCUAACCCUUUCAAGGUCCUCAAACUUAUUUAAAAUAAUCUCUUUUCAUCCCCCUCAGGGUGAUAUCUAUUGGCCUGAGCUGCUUUCAACAAUGGGUCAAGAGGCUUUUGGAGCCCUACAGGUCCCAUGAUGAUGAUGAUGAUGAUGAUGAUGAUGAUGAUGAUAAUGGUAGUGGUGAUAUUUACAUAGCCCUUUUAAGAUUUGCAAAGUGCUUUGCAUCCAUUAGCUAAUUUUAUUCUCACAACAUUUCUAUGAGGCAGGCACUAUUAUUGUUCCCAUUUGAUAGAUGAGGAAACAGGCUGAGAGAAGCUGACAUGCCCAGAGUUACAUAGCUAAUAGACAUGUCUACAGAAGAAAUUAAAAUUGUCAUACUCCAUUUCUGCUACUCAGACUUAUGCCACGUAGCAUAGGUUCUGUGGAAUUGGUGCCAUUUCUAAGGUAUCUUAUGUUUAUGAUAGUCUUCUACUCCACUCUUGGGGGACCUUAAAAUUCUUUAUUACUUACUUAUUUAAUAUUUAUUGACUCUUUGAUAUUUUUAAGCCUGUUGAGCAAUGGUCAUGGACAUUGGGCGCUUUCACCAAGCAGAAAAUAAAUGGAGUCUCACAAGUUCAAUUGCUGCCCAUGAGAACCAUCAUAAGUGAUGGAGAAGUCUUAGAAAAGGACACUAUAGGAAAUGGAGACAAUAUUUUGUGUGAAUGUAAUGAUUCUCAGCUGAUCUUGGUCCUUAAUGGGAGGGUAGGGAGGAGGUUAAUUGCCAAGUUCUUUGGACCCCAGUCUUAGAUUAGAAUGUACCACUCCUCCUUGUCCCUGACCUGAAGGUCUUGGGUGACUUUUGACAAAAAACAUAUCUUUUGAGGAAGAAUGUGACCUUUGACUUACAUUUAUGAAUAACCUUGGAAUAAAGUCUGGAGCCCUUGAAAAAUUUUCUCUUUUUUUGAUGGAGUGUUUCAUAUAGAAACCUGGAGAGUUCUUGGCUGCAACCUAGUCAUUAGUCUCUAUUUGAAAACUGAUAAGGGAGGGGCGGAGUCAAGAUAGCAGUGUAGAGGCAGCAAAAGUUUAGACCUCUGAAAACCCUUCCUUACUGAUUACAAACUGAAUACUACUAGGGGACUGAAAAUAAAACCUAACAACAAGACAAAGCCAAGGAACCCCCCUAAUGGACUCAAUUAAAAAGGCAAACCCCCAAAAUCCAGAAUUUGAGAACACUUGGGUUUAAGGGGAAGGAAGAAGGAAGGUCCCAGGACACCCCCCCCCCCCCAGAAUGUUAAGCCUCCAGAAGCAGUAGGAACCUCUGGGUGGAAAAAGGUGCUGGUCUUGACGGAGUACCUUGUGGGCAGGGUUGUGCCAGGCUCAGAGCUUUGAACACAGGUGGUGUGGAAGGAGCUAGAGAGGGAACACAGAGCAGCAGCCUGGUCACAGCAGUGGAGACCCUCCAUAUUGCUCCAGCCUUCUAGGAGGUUUUGGUUUUAGGGCACAUCCAGCCCAACCCAGCUGAACUUAAUCCCAUCAAAAGUCUUCAGAGGUCAGGGAAGCUCAAACUCCAACACCCCUACUUCACAGACUGCUGGACUUUAAUACAAUCAAAAUCCUCCAGAGGACAGGGAAGCUCAAGAUCUAACACCCUUCCCCCACCGACUGCACUGGGAGAUCUCCUAACAAAGCUCUAAGAGGGGAGACUGACAGAAGACCCCAAAACCAAAAAAAUAAGAGGAGCAAGAGCACAGACAACUGUGGGGCAUAAAGAAGGGGUAAAUAUGAACAAGCAACAGAAAAAGAAAAAAGAAAUUACAAUCAACAGCUUCUAUACAGUCAAUGAACAAAAAGCAAAUGGAACAGAGGAGGAUCAAGGAAAGUCAAGCAAAAACACAGAAACUCCAGCAAAUUGGCCACAGGCUUUGGAAUAACUCAAAAUAAAAUUCAAAACACAAUUAAGAGAGGCUGAAGACAACUGGGAAAAGAACUUAAAAACUAAGAUAAGUCAUCUGGAAACAAAAAAUAGUGUCUUGAAAGCCAAAAUCAAUCAGCUGGAAAAUGAGGCAAAGGAGAUGAAAGAUGAGAUAAAGAGAAUGAAAGAUGACCUCCAAAGAAAAUCAGACCAGAAUGAGAAGGAUGACCAAAAAGCCAGGGAUGAAAUCCAGUCUUUAAGAACCAGAAUACAACAACUAGAAUUAAAUGACCGCACAAAGCAGUAGGACACUAUAAAACAAAACCAAAAGAAUGAAAAAAUUGAGGAAAAUAUGAAGCAUCUUAUUCACAAAACAGAAGAUUUAGAAAAUCACUCAAGGAGAGACAACUUAAGAAUCAUUGGUGUACCAGAAGAUCAUGACAAAAGAAAAAGUCUGGGCAUAAUACUACAGGAAAUUAGCCAAGAAAACUGCCCUGAUAUACUAGAACAAGAGGGAAAAGUAGAGAUUGAAAGAAUCCAGAGAUCACCUCCUGUAUUUAAUCCCCAACUGACAACAACCAGGAAUGUUAUAGCCAAAUUCAAGAACUAUCAGACCAAGGAAAAAAUAUUACAAGCUACCAAGAAGUCAUUCAGAUACCAUGGAACCAAAGUGAGGAUAACACAGGAUCUAGCUGCAUCCACACUGAAGGACCAAAUGGCAUGAAAUAUGAUAUUCCGGAAAACAAGGGAACUAAGUCUACAACCAAGAAUCAACUACCCAGCAAAACUGACUAUAUUCUUACAGGGGAAAGUAUGGUCAUUCAACAAAAUAGAAGAAUUCCAAGCAUUUGUAAGGAAAAGACCAGACCUGAAAAUAAAAAUUGAUGCCCAAACACAGAACUCAAGAGGUAAAUAAAAAAGAGGGAAAAAAUAAAAACAAAACAAAAAAAUCAAAAAAAUUUUUAAGAGACCCAAUAAGUUAAAAUGAUAUGUAUCCCUAUAAGAAAAGAGGUCAUUGGUAACUCUUAAAAAUUGUUAUUGUAACCUGGGCAGCUAGAAGAAUUACAAUUAGAGGGAACAGUGACAAAUUGUAUAGGAUGAAAUAACAAGAUAUAGAUAUGUAUAUAGAUAUAUGUAUGCACAGAUACAUAUACAUUUGUGUAUAUAUAUAUAUAUACAUAUAUAUAUACAACUAGAGCUACAAAAAGAGGUUAAUACUAAAAGAAAUGGGAAAGAAACAAAAGGGGGUAAAUUCAUAUGUCACAAAGAAGUUCAUGGCAGGAGGGGGGAGAACAUAAAUACACUGCAAGGGUAAAGAGGUUGGAGAUAGGAAAUACUCAACUCUUACGUGCAUUGAAAUUGGCCCAAAGAGGGAAGAACAAUCUAAUCCAUUGGGACAGAGAAUAGAUUUGCACCCUAUAGGGAAGUAGAAGGGUAACAAAUGGAGUGGUGGAGAGGGAAGCAGUA